AGUUGCACUAUAGACAUAAUGCCACCAUCUUCUAACUCUCUCUCUUGGACGUGGGAGAGGGUUGGAGCAGAGUGAGAACUCUGUGAUCUCACAAGAGGAUCAUUAUUAGCCUGAGAAGCAUCUUUGCCAGAGAUCAAAACUCUUCCAGGAGGGGCUGACUGGCUAUAGUGGCGAUGCCAUGGUUUCCUCCUGUGCCGAUUUUCCACGAUUUCCCUCAUAGUGUUGUCAACAGUGGCAAUAGGCUCACACACCCGCACAUGUAGUAGUUUCCGGUGCUCCUGCAUCAGGGAGUUUAUGUCCUGUUGCAACAGUUUGAGAACCAGUGUCUGCCGAAUGCAAAGGUGAUUCAGUCUGUGUUGGAGGUAUGUUUCCUCUGUGCUGUUCAUCUGUCGCACAUCAACAUACUGUAGAGGCUUGGGCUUCCGGUAGUUUGAUGGUUUUGUCAUUGUGAUCACUUGGGACACAGAAACAUAUAAUAGUAACCUUUACUGCAACAAAUAUGAAAAUGAAGCUAUAUGCUGUUAUUAAAAAAAUAAUAAAAAAGGAUUGUCUGUAUAAUUGUUACUGUACCUCGCCACUGUACUUCUUUGUUGAUAAAGUUGAUUAAGAGAUAUGGUUCUUUGCUCACUAACCAUAGUCCUGUGGUGUGUUUAUCUGCAUGUUCACAUGGUGAAUUGUGAUCAUUGUUCAUGGGAGGUUGGCCGUUAUUACGCUUUUGUUUGUCCUGAAGAACAGGUUGUUGUAGACCCCUUGUGCCUUUAAAUUUACACGAUCAGCACCUAAUUCUGCCACUAGGUGUCGUUUGAACUCUGCUAUUUGGCUAUUUCUAAGAAAAAGUGGUGCACCAAAUCGACUUCGAAGGAAUCUGUUGUAACACUGGACGCUGAGUUCAAGCGUUUUUAUGUGGCGUAUGCAGAAUAUGUACUAAAUAAUAUGCUCCUCGUCCAGUUCUACGGUUAAUGACAUACAGGUCUUCAACAAACUACUACACAAUUCAAGAAGCCAGCUUCCUCAAAAUGUUGGACCAACCAGAAUCUGCUGUUGGAGAAAACGUCAUGCUGGCAGUAUGUGUUGAUGAUCCAGGCGGUCCUGAGAAGCUGUAUGUGGGCAGAGUUCCCAGGCCUCAGCUCAAAGCAGGAGAGAUCCUCAUUAAGGUCCAUACCACUGCUCUGAACAGGGCUGACCUACUACAGAGAAGAGGACUUUACCCAGCCCCACCUGGUGAAAGCGAGAUCCUGGGCCUGGAGGCAGCUGGGACGGUGGCUGCCCUGGGUUCAGGGGGCGGAGGACAGUGGGUUCCAGGGCAGCGAGUCAUGGCCCUGCUCUCUGGGGGUGGAUACGCAGAGUUUGUCUCUGUACCAGAAGAGUUGGUCAUGCCAGUUCCUGCUCAUUUGACCAUUACCCAAGCUGCUGCUCUCCCUGAGGCCUGGCUAACGGCCUUUCAGCUGCUUCAUCUCAUAGCUAAAGUGCAGCCAGGAGAAACUGUGCUUGUGCAUGCUGGAGCCAGUGGGGUUGGCACUGCUGCCAUUCAGCUGCUUCGCUUGACUCAGGCCAUUCCAGUAGUAACCGCAGGGACCGCAGAGAAACUUAAGAUGACUAAAAAUCUUGGAGCAGCUGCUGCGUUUAACUACAAAGAUGAAGAUUUCUCUGAGAGGGUCAUGGAGUUUACCAAAGGCCGAGGUGCAGAUGUUAUUCUGGACUGUGUGGGUGGCUCGUGCUGGAAUAAAAAUGUACAGUGUCUGGCUAUGGAUGGGCGGUGGGUUCUCUAUGGCGCCAUGGGAGGCAAACAUGUAGACGGAGAUCUGCUGGGCAAACUCCUGUCCAAACGGGGUCAUCUGCUAUGCAGCCUGCUCCGGUCACGCAGUCUACAGUAUAAAGCUGAGCUGGUAAAGGCCUUUUCAGAGAGAGCUCUGCCUCAUUUUGAGACACUAAACUCAUCUGUGGCUCUACGGCCAGUCAUUGACCGUGUGUUCAGCAUUCAGGAUAUUGCUGCAGCACAUCAGCACAUGGAGGCCAACAAGAACACCGGAAAAAUAGUCAUCAGGGUGACUGAGUCUAUGUCAGAGGAACUAUAACCCAUCUACCCAGUUUUGCUGCCACAAAUAUAUGCAACACUCAACUUCCAUGUGCCUGCUGUUGUUGUUAAAUUCCACGACUGUAAUGCAGAUCAGUCACAUGUAAUCACAGGUGUUAAAUGCAAAUGUUUUGCAUACCAAAAAUAAGAAACACUAGAUUAAAACGUAAGCCUUCCUCUUCUAGCUAUUCUGAAUCUCGUAUGAUUUGAAUCUAUACACGAUUGAAAUGAAAGGGGAGGUUUGGUUCUCAAAAUGAUAUGGAGUUAUUUCAUUUAUGUGAACUAAUGAUUAAUCAGAGUUUGUAAUUUGAUUAUUAAGUGAUGAUGCAGUAAUGGGAUCAUAAAUCUCUUUCCGGGUCCAACGGCUUUCAGAGCCACUUGUUUUUCUCCAUAGACAGUAAAAUAAACUAUUUGUUUCCACUAUUCAGAGUAGCCUUUUAAAAAAAAUGUCAUCCUACUACUCACUUGUUGCCUCAACCUAAUAAAAUUUAUUUUUCGCAGAA